GGGCGGCCGGGCACAGGAGGGCGGUGCCGGCGGCUCCGGGAGCUGCUGCGGGGCGGGACGGAGCUCGGCGCUCCCUCAGUUCCUUUAGAAGGAGAGAAUACAUCUAAGAAACAAGAUGUCUCAUGCUGGGAGUCGAUACCAAGAUCAGCAAUACAGGCACCAUGAGAACCAUAGAUCUGAUAGAUACAAGGAAGACAGAAGAGCAAGAAAACCAUACCCAUACAAUGCAAGAGCAACAGGAGACAUCCGAGGUGGCCAGCACGCAAGGACUUCUACUGUUUGCUCAGAUCCCUACUCUAAAACCUCGGGAGCAGCACAGCAGUAUUUUGGCCCACCACCAGAGUUUUAUCCUCCCAAGGAAACCUUCUCAAUGAAAUGUUCAAAGGUAUGCACAACAAGAGGCAUUUUGAAGUUUGUGGAAAUCAUGGUUAACCUCCUGGUGCUGAUUUGUGUGGCUGCUUCCCAAGCCUCCGUUGCAGGCUUCACGUCCCUUGGAGGCUUUGGAUCCUUUAACCUGAAUUCGGCCUACAGUCCCUUUGAGGGCACGGAGCUGCAAGAGGUGAGGGAGCUGGACAUGCAGUUCACUCAGAUGAGAGCCCCUUGCGUGUAUGGUGGAGUGGCCUUCACCUUAACAAUGGCCGCGCUCACCCUCGUCUUCCUCGUCGUGGGGGCAAAACCCAUCCAGCAGCUCCGAACAGGGCUGCUGGCAGGCGAAUGUGCCUUCAGCCUGCUGGCUGGCAUGGCCUACCUAGCAGCCGUGGGGCUCUACCUGCACUUUGUCAGGCAGGUGAACGCCACCGAGGUGUGCAGGAGGCGGGAGCGGCUCUACGCGCGCCGUGGCUACACCUCCAUGAGCUGCGCUGUGCAGGGUGGCGAUGCGGCCGUCGGCCUGUUCGGUGUCGUCGCUUCCUGCCUGUACUUUGCCAGCUUUGUGGUCUGCAUCUUUGCUAUCCGCACCGUCCGGGCCUUCCAGCACCAUGCAGCCAAGGCUCAGCACAGCCCCAAGGGCAGCAUUAGGGGCAGAGGCGUCAGAAACCACCACACCAUGCACAAGACCUCUGAAAGCUCCCACAACAUCCAGGCUCUCGCCACGUUAGUGUGAGGUCAGCUCUGGGACUGAGAGGAGAACUGAGGCUUCAGCAAAGGAUGGACACUGGCAAACAGGCGACCAGCCCACAGUGUGUUUUCCUACAAGGUGCUGAAGUGUGUAUUGAAUCACCAGUUAUAACUAUGCUGCUACAAUGUGACCUAAUAAAAUCGACAUUGAGUGACUGUA